AUGUCAAACCUUACAAAACUUGAGUUUGUGGCUCUUGACAUUACUGGGAAGAACUACUUAUCUUGGGUACUAGAUGCGGAAAUUCACCUAAAUGCCAAUGGUCUGGGAGACACAAUUAAGGUAGAAAAUAAGGCAUCUAAUCAAGAAAAGGUUAAAGCUAUGAUCUUUUUACGCCAUCAUUUACAUGAAGGACUAAAAAUGGAAUAUUUGACCAUUAAAGACCCACUCAUUCUUUGGAACAAUUUGAAAGAAAGGUAUGACCACCAGAAAACUGUCAUUCUCCCAAAAGCUCGUUAUGAAUGGAUGCACUUGCGCCUGCAAGAUUUUAAAUCUGUUAGUGAGUAUAAUUCUGCGAUAUUUAGAAUCAGUUCUCAACUGAAAUUAUGUGGAGAAAAAGUCACUGAUGAAGACAUGUUGGAGAAAACAUUCUCCACAUUUCAUGCAUCCAAUGUGCUCCUGCAGCAGCAAUACCGUGAAAAAGACUUCAAAAAGUAUUCUGAACUAAUUUCUUGCCUUCUUGUAGCUGAGCAAAAUAAUGAGCUUUUAAUGAAAAAUCAUGAAUCCCGUCCAACCGGCUCCACUCCAUUCCCAGAAGCAAAUGUAGUAGUAAAUGGACCAACACGUGGUUGUGGACGAGGACAUGGACGUGCACGAGGCCGUCGCAUUGACCGUGGAUGUGGUCGUGGUCAUAAUCGAGGUGGUUUAAAUUCCUAUUCAAAGAGGGCAAAGAAUGAUGAGAAUCACAAGAGAAAAACUAGUGGAAGUAAUAAUCACUCUGAAGACUCGUGUUAUCGUUGUGGUGGGAAUGGUCAUUGGUCACGUACCUGUCAUACACCGAAACAUUUGGUUGACCUUUAUCAAGAAUCGCUUAAAAAUAAAAGUAAAGGCAACGGCAAAAUGCCAAGGGUAGAAACCAAUUUUGUUGAUGAAGAGGGCGAUUCUGAUUAUGGCAACAUGGAUGUCACUCAUUUGGAUAUUGCUGAUUUCUUUGCUGAUCCUAAUGGAAAGAUUGAUCACCUGAUUGGUGAUGGGAAUGUUCAACAAUAA